UUAACACUGGGGAAUCCACAUCGCUCAACCGUGCUGAUCGCUUCCGAAAUGAUCGACCCAGAGAUCCCCAUGUGGGAUCCGAUUGGAUAUACCGGCGGGACCGUGAUGAACUGCUAAAGCUGCGAAGGAUGAAACGCAAUCCUGCAUAUGUAUUUAAUGUCAAGAAGUGAAACAUAUCCCGCGCUGGAGGUCGUUGAAUUGCCUUGGCUAGCCGGAAAAAAAGAAUUCCAGGAUCGCUGCUGGUACCUGGGAUAUGGUGGCCGUUCACAUCAUUUGGAUACAGAUCAUACUAUCAGGAGGUUUGCCGAGCCAUUGAUCGCAGUCAUGGCAGCUGCAUGGGGAAUCUUCGGAUGUUUCGCCGGGGACCAAGAGAUGCAGAUUACCAUGACAGGAGUCUCGGGAUUGACACUGUCCUCAUAUACUCCGCCAUGGAAGCCUCCUUAUGGUCGUUCAUAAGUACUACUGUGGUUCGCACACAUUAAGAAUCCGACACUAGGAUUUGCAGACCCUUAAAGCACCAACUAAAGACACCUACCAUUUCUGA